AGCGGUCCAUGUAAUGAAAGGUUAACGAAAAGACACAUUGGCUGGUUAGUUGGACCAAAUAAAUGCCUGAAACAUCGCUUCCGUCUCCUCCGCUACAGAGCACGCCCAUCUCUUGCACUACUCCGUUCUCCUCUUUCUCCUGCCUUCUGGUCAGAGAAAGAGCGAAAACGGUUACUCAUUCAGACUCGUAGCAAAAUGAUACCGCAGCAGUGGGCGUCGCCUUGCGGAAACCAGUGCACGAGCAAAUACGCAAUGCUGACGCAAAUCCCAUGGCGAGUAUUUUGCAAAAAGGGGUGUGAUGCUGAUGGAGAGACAUGGGAAGAAUGCUUGGAGCAGUGCAAUGAGAUAUGCUAUAAGGACCCCGUAUUAAAGGACCGCCAGUGGAGUGCUUACAUUGACCGUUCUCCUGGAGCUUCGAGCUACUCAGAGGAAUGUUUUCGUGCUUGUGUAUCUGGAUGCGGUUUCAAGUUUGAUAUUCUCUUAGAGGAAGUUGACAAAGUUCGUCCGAAAAGGCCACCUAAGCCUCCCCCGAUCCCAAAGCCGACCCGAAAACCUGUUGAUCCCAGUGUGACCGCUGAAGACGUACCUUGCUCUUCAGCAUAGUGAGAGACAAAACGUAGCUUACUGACAAAAUUAUACACUUGACGACUUUGUUAGCAGUGCAUGACUUUGUUAGUUCCAUCAUAGACCCUUUUUUGUUGACAGAAGGUCCUGUUUUUUAUCCAUCUUUUGUCCUCCGUUGGUUUCUACGAGUUUAAACUCACAUAACAUGCCUUGGUGACUUCUCUCAGAGAUGUCGGUGACAGAUUUUUUUGGCUAGUUUCAUAUAUUGGAAGUUCAGAAUGUAUUUCCUUUAACUUCAAUAAGAAACUAUAGAGACUUUAGCCAAAGUUUGAAGCU